AUGUCCAGGGCCACAAUGUCACCGGAGCCGCAAAGCAACGAGGUGAAGGGCGCCGGGCUGGCGGAGCAGCAGGUCGCCGAGCUCUGGGACCUUGGGCGCCUGCUGCUGGCAUUGUUGCUCCCUGACGAUGCCGCCGUGGAGAGCGCGGCGACGGCCGCUGCGCGCGGCCUGGGCGCCAACGGUGAGGCUCUGGAGUCGCAGCUGCCCCGUCUCCGAAGGGGCCGCGCUGGCGGCCCCGGGGCCCCUGGGGUCCCGGAGGCCUCGCUGCUGCGGACGGUGCUGGGCUCCCCCCUGGACCGCAGCGCAGCCUGGCCUUUGCCCUUCGCCUGCGCCGUGGCCGACGUGGCCCUGACCUGCGCUGCGGCGGAGGCCGAUGGCUCGAAGCCUCCACCCGGCAUGGCCUCCAUUGCGGGGAAGCUCCUCCAACAAGCUCAGGCCUGCAUCUCGCAAGCGGGCGUCGCCGAGAAGUCCAAAGCCGACUUCUCGGGGUUCUACGCCGGCUUCGAGUGCACCUACUCCUCGGGCCUGGACGUCGAGAAGCUGCCACAUGAGCUUCGCCGGUGGCCCUUCGAGCCGGAGCAGCCUCCAUGGCUGGUGGGCCGGCAGCAUCAGCUCGAGCUGCUCUCAAGGCUGGUGCCCUCCAGGCAGCUCUUCACCAGCAUCGGGCGCACGCACUUCGAGCUGUGGCCGGAACCCGACAAGGAGCGUCCGACGCUGCGGCUGCAGCCGAUGUCGCCGAACCCACUUCAGGUGGACGAGCGCCCGGUGGUGGCCGGAGAGUCGGAAUCCGAGGGGGUCUCCAUCCGAGACGGCUCGACCGUGAGCUUCUGCUUCCAGGGCGAGGUCUUCCUGACGCUGCAGUUCCUCAUUCGCCGAGGUGUGGAAGCCGCCCCCACGCAGGAAGCGCUGCAGCUUCCCUUGGACACAGUGCCCACAGUGGCGCGAUCGAGCCCGGCAGCCUACGCAUUAGUGUGCGAUCGCCUUGCAGGCGAAGCAGCCGAUCAUCUGCCAAAGGAGGAGAGGAAGAUCUCGAUCUCCUCCGAGGGCCCCACAUCCAUCGGCCGGCAGUGCCAACCAGGUUUCUUCGAGAACCUCCAGAAGCUGAGCCGGUCACAGUGGGGGUUCGUGCACUUCGUGUCGCGGACGCAUUUUCAGGUCACGGGUCUCGCCGAGGACCUCCCCCCCUCGAAACAGCGCUUCGAGGUCACCAACUGCAGCAGCAACCCCAUCGUCCUGGCUGGGAAGGAGCUGCCAGGAAGGGCGCGGCAGGUCAUCCAGGUAGGCGACACCGUGGAACUCAUUGCUCAGGACGGCACGGGUGUGGCCCCCUACCUUCGCUUUCGCCUUCUUUGGUUGGGGCAGAGCCGCUCCACCAGCUCUCUCGCCUCGCGCGCGACCACGCCUGGGACGAUAUUGCUGGACCGGCAGGACUCCAAAGAGAUCUCCCAGAAGCGGCCGCGCCUUGGUGCCGCAAAGGCAAGCACGGCAGGCACUGACAGCCAAGACCUCUCCAGCUGCAAACCCUUCUUCGAAGCCCGAUCGCCCAUCCUAAAAAUCCCUUCCCUGGUUAGCACCCAGAAGCCUACGCCAACAGAACAGUUGCACAGGGAGGAUGGAUGGAGCAUGAUGGAACAGCACACGGCGGAUGCCCCCGCGCUUGAGUAUUGGGACACGGCCGUUUUCGAAGCCAAUGCUGCUUACGAACUCCAGAGGGCGCAUGUUCAGAGCCUGGCAAAAUCUGGUGCUGCACGCGACACGCUGGUGCAGGCACACGAGCUCCUCAAAAAGCUGAAGAGGGAGCACUCAGAAUUAGUGAAGGCUGCCAGAACAUCUGCACCGCCCAUCGCGCAAAGGGGAGUAGCUUCCUAUCCGGCAAAGAUGCACAUUCCCCGGGAUGUGGCGGACUCACGCUUUCUCGUUGAUUUUUCGGUGCAUGAUGGUUGCGCAGCGCGCAGCUUCAUGGCCCAGCAUGGGUUCGUGAUAUUCCGCGACGUGGUUUCGGAUGCAGAUUGCGCCCGCGCGAGGGAUGAGAUUUGGAGCUAUCUUGAAGACAACGUGGCGGGCUUCCAGUGCGCAGAGCCGACGACGUGGUGCGUUUUGUCACAGACAGAGACUGGUCGCUAUUACGAUGCGUAUGGGUUGCCACCUGAUCCUGUGAUAAUGUCGCCCCAGAUGCUUGACAAUCGCCAGAAUCCUAAUGUCAUUCGAGCGUUUCAGAGCGUGCUGGGCGAAAACAUCUUGGUCAGCCAUGAUCGUUGGUGCCUCUACCGUCCUACUGAAGCCGGUGGCAUCCCGACCAAGAACAACCUCCACCUGGAUCUACAUCCAUGGCGCUUCUUGCAAGGAGAUACCCGGAUAGAAGAGCUGCGAUAUGAGAAUGGUCACGACCAUGAUUUCUCGCUGGAGAUUCCCAGGGCCCGCGCAUGUGAUGGCCCGCAUGUCCAAGGAGUCCUGAACCUCGUUGAGAAUUUGGAGGAGGACGGAGGUACCCAGCUGGUUCCAGGCUUUCAAAACGCCUUUGAGAAGUGGCAGAAGGAACUCGGUGAUGAGGCCGACUGGCUCUUCCGGAGUGGGCAGUCUACAAACUGGCUUCAUCCCGGCAAUGGCGGUGCCAGCUUCAAAUUCCAUGAGCAGGAUCCCAUUCAUGAGCUGUCUCAUCGGAUACCACUGAAGCAAGGCAGCCUUCUCAUUUGGGACCAGCGAUGCGUUCAUGGUUCCCGCCCCAAUGCAUCCUCGAGGGUCCGGAUGGCACAGUUCAUCCGGGCCUUCCGACGGGCACCCCUGAGCAUGGAGCGUGCAAGGGCAAGAGCACAAGCGAUCAAGAGAAAGCUUGUGGCCGCCGGUCUCUUGGAGAGGGUGUCUGAUGAUGGCCAGGCCGUUUUUGGCUUCGCCGACCUCGAUGACUGCAAAGCCGGGGGUGGCGCGGGGGGACAAAAAGUAACUUUGGCCCGGGAUAGAUAA